CGACCGGAGCCAGAGCAGAGUAGUCGAGCACCGAGCACCGACAGCCGUGUACUGAUCCUGAGCUCUAGUAUCCGUUAUACUCCAGUCACUGCCACAGCCGCAAACUGUACUGCAGAUGCCACCUAAGAAGAAGUCUCCAGGAACGGUGCCCCGCUCGCCCGGAGGUGCGGCCUCGGUGCAGGCUGAGGAGGGAUCUGAGGAGAAGGAGGUGGUGGUGAGCGAACAGGAGGCCCAGCUGCAGGAUGAACACAACCAGCUGGUGGCCGAGCAGGAGGGACUGAGACUACGGCUGGAGCAGCUACGGAGGGAGAAUGAGUUCCUUCAAGAAGAGUCGGAGAGGGUGCGGGUGGAGAGCCAGGAGUACCUGCUGUACAUGAGCAAGAGGAGCCAGCGACGCCAGGACGUCAUCAUUAGCCUGAACGACCAGAACCAGCGCGAGCUGCAGAACAUCCAGCACCAGAAACAAGAACUCGAGUCCAAAUUCUCUGCUGAAGAAAAGAAUCUGAGGGACCUCCUUCUCCGGAGAGAAGCCGAACUCGCCAACCUGAGGAAGAAGCUGGAAGAACUGGAACCCACUAGAGAUCUUCAGAAGGAGCAGGUCUCCCUCAUCAAACGUCUGGAGGAUGAAGUCAUGGCCCAACGGGGGAAGCACGCCGAGGCCAUGCUGAGGGUGAAGAGCGCCUUCCUGCGUGAAAAGACCCAGUGUCAACAGAACUCUAAGGAGCAGCUCAGCCAACUGAGCCAGAAGGCCCAGGAGGAGGCCAAGAAGGCUCUUCAGGAGGUAAGCACCAAGGUCAAGGAGGAAAACCAGAGCCUGAGACAAGAGCUGCUUGAUCUCAUCCAUCAAUACCGACUCCUGCAAGUCCAGAAGAAUAGGCUUGAAGAAAAGAACAAGGAGUUGCUGAGGGAGCAGCAAUGCCGAGACGAGGUGGGGAACAUUCAGAGAAAGCUAAAGAUGGCGGCCAUCCUCCCAACUCCUUGAAAACUUUCAUGAAGUGAGAGGAUUUGCUUCCCUGACUACCAGUCUAGAAUAUCUACAUGAGGAACACCUCCUAGAUACAUCGUAUCAUGAGGAUUCCCACCAGCCAUAUUGGUUCAUUUGGCCAGGAACUUGGUCAUCAGUAGAAAAGUCUCUGUAUGUAUCUAAUCACAUGAGGCUCAUUGUCAACCCUCCCUUGGUUAGUCCUCCACAGUCACUGCACUCACCCCUCUCCCUGUGUGGAGAUAUACUUGAGGGAACCUAUGUCUGUAGGUGCAGAGUUCAGGGCUGCGUACUGUCUACGGUCAACUGUGCCAUAACCAGGAAUGCCCAUGUCAUAAUCAUCUCAUGAACACAUAUACAGGCCUCAUAGAGGACUAUUCACUCGUGUGUUGACUCAAACCACCGGACCCUUCGUUGCAAUCAUCUUAGUGACCCACUACGAAAAUCAGGAGGAGCAAAUCUCCAUGGACAGGAGAAACUCUGCUCCGGCCAUGAUGUGACUACUUAUGGGACUGGACGCAACGAUCACCGAGGUCGCUGACAAUCAUCAGCAACUGUUGGUCGCAUGUGACUGUAGGACUACCACAACCUCAGUGCUUUCCUAUGAGGUCCAUCCUGUGACCAGCUCAUAUCUCCAGGUGUUGACACCUGAGGAACAUUUUUAACACUCAAACCCUCAAUGGCCACAUCUCCAAACUAACUCCAUCCUCAUAUGAGUGGCUGAUGGCUAAACCUGUCAGGUGAUAAGAGAUGAAAAGUGUCACGCAGCGCCCCUUGUGGUUAUAAUUCAGUGAAAAAUCAAUAGUCAGACCCUCGAGAGCAGAGGACAUGUUUAUUUAGCAAAAUACACUUCACAGGUCACUUACACGGUCUUCAUCUCUGUGUCCUUGAUGCCCCAGUGUACCACAUGUCUCAGCACAUGGCUGCUUCUACCAGAGGACAAUACUGUAUAUGCUUUAUACGGUCACCACCCAGAGACUCAUCACCGCCCACUGUGUCCGCUCGUCCCACACAUCCAUACACGUUCGUGUUGUGGCGGCAGAUCCCACCCACCAGUUGUGCUUUGUCCAUGUUUCAUCUGUAAUUAUCUUUCCCCCACCUCUACACUGUAACCCCCAGAUUUGUCAAAUUGAAAUAAAGGUUCUUCUG